AUGCACGGUGCUCUCAACAAUGAGCAUGGCGAGCAUGGAGUCAACGGCUCAUUCGAUGCAGCACUCGCUCGUCAAGUCCCCUCUCGCCUAACAACUGGAGAAAGCAGUCGAAACGAUGAGCUGCAUCUACCCUCAACUGGUUCAGCUGCCGCCGACACGGCCGGUUCGAGAAUGGGGUCAUUUUCGUUCAAGCAGAGACCGCGCGAUGUCUCGACAGGACUCAGCAGUAUGCGCCGUUGGCUUGGUCGUGAGUCAUACCGGAAUAGCUCGACGUUUUCGGCGCGGUAUCGGGGAAGUGGCAUGCCAGAGGGCUGGGAACACCCGGCACGGUACUUGAAUGUAUCGCAAAUAACUGUGCCAUCGAUUUUGCCUGCCGUACAACCUGUACCGCAGUCGACACCUAUACCAAUGCUCCCGUAUACGGUGCUAUGUCUAUUAAUUUUUGGCGAAUUCAGCUCAUCAGGUGUGGCUGGACCGUUUUUGUUUUUCAUGCUGAAUGAUUUUCAGCUGGGUGAUGAAAGUCGCGUCGGAUUUUGGGCUGGUAUUCUGUCGUCGAUUUUUUUCUUCGCCCAGUUCCUGACGUCGCUCAUGUGGUCGUCUGUAGCUGACAAACACGGACGCAAGUAUGUUUUGCAGAUGUCACUUAUCGGCAACUCACUCUCGCUUAUUGCGUUUGGUCUUGCGCCGAAUCUCCAACUCGCUAUUCUUUUUCGACUUGCCCAGGGCUUCUUUAAUGGUGCCGUCGGCGUUGCCCGAGGUGCCGUGCGAUCACUCACUGAUGAGACAAACGAAGGUCGCGCAUACGCUCAAAUGGGUUUUUGGUGGGGUAUGGGUGGUAUUGUCGGCCCCAUUCUGGGCGGUGUCCUAGAGCAUCCAGCUAUCAAGUUUCCCUGGCUGUUUGGGCGUAGUGCGUUUCUACAUGCGCAUCCGUAUGCCCUCCCGUGUAUGUUUGCGGCGUCAAGCACUAUUCUCGGUGCCAUUCUGAGUUUCUUUCUCGAGUCCGAUGCACCGACCGCCACGGGUAGGAUUCGACUUAUGAGUGACCAUGAAGUUGGGCACGAACAUGAGCACGAGACCGAUCCGAAUCGUAGUGCUUGGUCACUUGCUAGCUCAACAUGGAGCCGGAGUCGCAGGUCGCAUCAUUGGCCCCAGGCGUUUGGUCCGCGGACGCGUCCCAUCUCGUCUGGCUCAGCGUACGGGUACCAGGGGGAGCCAGCGCGUGCGCAUCGUGAAUCGAUGCUGCGCCGCAUGUCUGUCGUAUCAUCAGCAGCACAUCCCAGCUCGUACUUUGCAGUUCCUCAUGAUGCCGGACAUCAUGAUGUGCCUCACGCUGAACUCGACCAUGAGAAUGCGAACCCACGCGCAUCACUUGUUGAGCGUUUUGUACUUGCUAAUGACGACACUGUUCUUUCGAUUACCGAUCUUUGGGUGGCUGCAGCAGCCAACACAGAGGACGUGCCGGAAGACGAUGAUCGGAACACGAUUGCAGAGGCCGACGAAGCUGAAGAAGAGGACGACGAAGGGCAACAUCAUUCUGAUGCAGAACACAGUGCACCUGCUGAUUUGCCGACGACAUCGAGCAGCGAAACACGACCUACGUCGACACUCUCAUCGACAUACGUGCCGCCCAUGCAUUUUACUCGAUCCAACAAGCUGCACCGGAUGAAUGGCCAUGACACAUCUGCUGCGUAUAGGCGCCCAUCAUCUGCUGUGAACGCAGCGGAGGCUGACGAGGAUGUCAACAGCCAUGCGCAGAGUGGUGCUCUCGACAGCGUGGACAGCACAACGGCGGAUGUGUCCGCGCCAAAUGUCUCACCAUCGCCAAUCUGGCUCUUGCCUCUGGUGGUGAUUGGCCACUAUGGUGUGCUGUCGUUCCAUUCGUCCAUGUUUGACCAGGUGUUUAUGGCAUUUCUCGUGACGCCAGAGCCAAGUGGUGGCUUGGGCCUCACAGCGUCACAUUACGCGGGACUCAUCGCUGCUAUGACGUUCUGCCAAUUGUUGUUCCAGUUCCAAGUAUACCCGAAUUUUGGUCCGCCCAACGGCUCUCUUUCACACCUGGCCGUACUGCAGUGGGGCGUGUUGCUUUACCUGCCGUGCUACGUGCUAUUUCCGUUCCUCCGCACAUUCCUGUUACCUAAUACUGAUGUGGCUGUGAUGCUUGGUAUGAUCCUAUUUGCCGCGAUUAGAUGGCUUGCCAACAUUCUCUCCUUCACGGCCGUCAUGGUCCUGCUGAAUGCUUGGACACCUGCACACCUUGUGCCACUCGCGAAUGGACUUGCACAGACCAUGAGCAGUUUUGCACGAUGUGUUGGCCCGAUUAUCGGUGGUAUCAUAUGGGCGAAGAGUAUCGAAGGAGGACCCAACGCACAUGCAUGGCCGUUCAAUUUCCACUUCGGAUUCUGGGUCGUUGGUUUGGUUGCUUUAGCCGGUGCUAUUCAUACGCGGUGGAUGCGGGAUGUCAUCAUGAUAUCCUGA